AUGCGUUCAAACUGAAGAAGAAGUGUCAAGCCCACAACUUUGUUAAACGUUGGCUCAUAUCGGGAGUAGAACGCACAGUAGUUGGAGUAAGUUGUUGGUAAGAAAAGCGUCCUCGUUCCCCUUUCACCGUUCGUAUUUUUAUUUUGUUUUUUAUUUUUUAAGGACUUUCACUUUCCUAUAAGAACUGCCGCGAAUACAACCUCGUUUCGAUUUCCCAGCCCACUGAUCGACUUCAAAACCCAGCGAAGAGACUCUUGGUAGACGGCAUGCAGCCAGAAUGGACAGGCUCAGGGCCGCCUAACGAGAGCCUCCUUUACCAAUCCCUGAAGCCCUAUCUGGACACCCCGACCAGAAAACAGCCAAUCAUCGGCCUCGACAGUGUCACAGAAUGCGUGAAGGUGGGAUCAUGUAGUCAGGAGGCCCUCUACCUGUGCGAGGUGUGCCAGAGUCGCAUGAAAAGGUCAGACGUCCGGAACCACAUCAUGGGGUCCCUCCACAGAUACCGCUACAUUAAUGCCCGGCACCCUGACCUGGCGGUGGGGUGGGGCCAGACGGUGGACGUCUCAAAGCUGGCCUGGCCCUUGAUGGAGAUGGCCAGCGUGCUGGAGAAGAGGGAUGGACCGGGCAUCGUGAAGGUGCUGCAGUUGGAUGCCUUUACUUUCAAGGAGAUGGGACAGAAAAGUGCGGCAAGUGCGGUAUCUCAGAUGGCUGCAAUGAGAUGUGAACGGAUGGAGGGAAGGUCUCCUCACCCAUCGGAGCUCACACAGACCCAUGUCGAUAACUGCGAGGUCCAACCGCGGAGAGUCCAGUCGUCCCCGAAGAAGUGCCCGGUCAAGUCCCGGAACGCAGUAGUUCAGCACCCCAAGUCCAGCGUGCCAUUACAGACGAACAACGCUACGUCCGACGCGGACACCACUAUGAAGCCGCCUCUUGCUAAGUCAGCCGAGCCUUUUGUCCAAUUGGAGAGCAGGGGCCACAUUCUGGACGGUCACACGGUUAUCGGUCUGGACUGUGUGGUGGAGUGUCGGAGGAAGGACAACGGCAGCCCGUCCUGCUUCUUGUGUCAAUGCUGCCGCGUCAAGUCCGACCCAGACGACUUCAUUGCUCACCUGACUAGUCCCUCGCAUAUCUCCAACUACCUGAUGGAGGUUUACCCUGAAUGUGUGGAGGCCAUGAUGGGAGGCCUGAAUGGUGAGAAGGAGCUCCUGCAGUCAGUGGCCCUGAGGGUGGAAAAUAUAGAAGGGAGAGGAGAAUACAAGGUUUUGGAGUGGCCAACACAUCUGUGUGAUCAACUGAGUGAUAAGACCUACCACUGGUGCAUACAAAUGUUCUCUGACAGCGAGCAGUCGACUAGCGCUGCCCGGCAGAAGAAUACCAUUAGCCUAAAAGGUUUAGACGCUUUCCACCAACUGACGACCUGGAAGGACGCCACCGAGGCCGGGUCCGAGCGGGCAGCCAAGAAGCGGAGGACCAGGAAGGAAACCGAUCCCGUUUUCAAGGUAAGCAUGCCGAUGUCUGAAGGUGCGUUCGUUUUGGAGAGGGCGUCUUUCAGCCUGCCCAACUCGGCCGCUGUCAGCACGACGUCCAGGCCACAGUCCAGUCCACCAUCCAGCACACCACCGGGAACCCGGGCCCCGGAGCCCCUGGCCCGGGAGCCCCUGGCACGGGAGCCACUGGCACGGAAGCCCCUGGCAUCGUACUCAAACGUGGACUUUAGCCCGCUGACUGUUACGUUGUUCGAGACGCCACACUUGCCGCUCACAGACUCACCGCCGCGCCAGAUUGAAGUCCGAUGCACAGACGUGGAGGAGACCAUCCCAGUCGUCAUCGGACGCCGAGCGCAGACGGAGUUUGUCCCAGGUUGGGCCCUCCCGACACAGGGGGGCAGACCUGAAACGUACCAACCAAGUACCUCACAAGGCUGCUUUUACCCUCAGCCUUACCCUCAGGAGAACCUGCAGUUCAUCGCUGAUGCACAGACAUGUGUGAUCCAACACGACCCCCCACAGGCUUCUGGCGCUGGGCCCCCUGCAGACGGCAUUAGCCACCCUGUCUCCAGCCUUACGGGGGCUGGUGUUGUGACCCAAAGGUCUCUGUCCUCCUGCACGCUCCCCGUAUUUCAUGACUACCAACGAGAAACGAGCCAUGUCGACCCAAAGCCUACCAUCGCUUUUUACUACUGCACCCCUGGAGGCCAGCGGCGGUCCUAGUUAGGAUUUAUUUUUAGUUUUUUUUUCAGGUUCAGGAAAUAUACUUUGGCUAAGGACAAUGGGAUAUUGGCUGUAACGAUUCACAAUGCAAAGUAGAAGGGAUUGUCAUCACGUGUCCCUGUUCAAAAACUUCAGUUUUUUUAUUUCUUCAAAGAAACAAAGGGCGUAAACACGAGGGUUUGUGAUACCAAAUAUAUUGUUGAAAUAAGUACAAUUUUUGUUACUAGAUCUCCAUUCAUUUUUCUUUUAUAUUCAAUGAUAAUCUUUUGAAGACUCAAAUGAAAAAAAUAAUCACUUUACCACUGUAUAAGCUGUUAAUGUUACUUUUUGACAAGUUUAUGCAUGUGAAAAACAUUUUCAUUUAAUUUUUAUAAAUGAUUGAUAUCCUGUUAAUUUUUACCCAAAUGUUGAUCCAAAAUCGCCACAGGGGCAAGUCAAUGUUUUAUACCAAUGUUGGGUGAACAAAAUAGAAUAAACCUUUUGGAACGGCUCUCCUAUGGUCCUUUUCUUUCGAUUCUGGUUUCAACCUGUUUUAUGGUUUCAAUGUAGUUCUGAUUUGUUGAGACAAAUUAAAUGGUAUCAUAAAAAUAAUGGACAGACAGUUGGAACGCCCCCUCCUGGUGAGAGGCGUUCUGCUAGUGAUGGUUUCUGCAACCACAAGAUGGCGCAAAUGCUACAUCGGCAGCAGUUCAGUUCAUUGAAAAUAAUAAAUACCCUAAUAAACGACAUAAAAUAUUGAACACUUGCAAUUAGAAUAUCGAUUGUGUUCUGAAGGUUUUAUGGAUAGGUGACCUGGUAAGAUUAGAAGGGUAUUCUGGGUCAGUUGAGCAAAUAUGGACCCCAGACCCCAGAGUGAGAGAAUGUUGGUAUUCCAUGAAUGUUGUACAAGUUAUUUCAAAUUCUUCCAGGCUCUUUAACAAGAUUUUUUGGAUAAUUUUAUCUGGCAUGUUUCAAAUGCAUCUGACUAACACACAACCACUAUAUAUUUUAUACCACCAGUUGUGAUUGUGAUUAGCCGUCACAAGCCGUUUUGAAAAUCUGCCUCUUCUGACAUCCACC